AUGGCUGCUUCGAGAGACUACCCAUCUCCGUCAACUUUGACUUCAGGUCUGACCUUGCCUUCAACAUGUGACCCUCCAGGAGAAGAGAACCCUCCCACUCAAAAAACAUGGAUCGUCUUCGGUGCUACUGGCCACAUGGGUCGCUCAAUCGUCAAGACGUGUCUUUCUCAUGGCGACAAUGUCACUGCUGUCGGUCGCGUUGGCGAGCACACGCUCGAUCAGAUGCAAGGCUGGCACGACUCUUGUCUCGGUCUCUUGUGCGACGUGAGAGUCUCUAAAACAGUCGAGUCUGUCAUCGAAAACACAAUUCGCCAUUUCGGUGCCGUGGACGUCAUUGUCAAUUGUACUGGAUACGGUGUCAUCGGAGCUUGUGAAGACCAAGAUGUUUGCGAUCUUCGUGCACAAUUCGAAACCAACUUCUUCGGCUGUCUCAACAUUGUCCAGCAGUCGCUUCCAUACUUUCGAAAACGAAAUGCCGGCCGAUAUCUAAUCUUCUCUUCCACUUCCGGUGCACUCGGUGUCCCGGGCCUCGGACCCUAUUGCGCAACCAAGUAUGCGGUAGAAGGUUUGAUUGAAAGCUUGCUCUACGAGGUCGAUGCUUUCAACAUUAAGGCCACCCUCGUCGCUCCAGGUCAUCUCCGUCUCGACGAACCCACGGGUCUGGAUGACAAGGGAUCAGACUCCGCAGACAAGAGCCGUCUACCAACCUAUGGUCAUUUCCUGGUCAAGUCGCCCUCUCAGCCUUACGAGAGCCAAAAUGCUCCCGCCGCUCAUGCCAAACGGGUGGUACAAUGGCUUAGCAAUCAGCAGCCCACCAGUGCUGUCAAGAGCGCCGAACUUACCUGGCAAUUAGGUCAUUGUUCAUUUCCACCAUUGCGUCUUCUUUUGGGCAGCUUCGCUGUGGAAAGCAUCCGCGAUCGGUUGCGGUGCAUUAUCGAGGAGAUCGAAGAUUGGAAACAUCUAAGCUUUCCACGCGCCGAUGACAGAGACCAGCAGACACCACAACCUGCAGGGGAAGAUUCUACGUCACAGCAUCAACUGACACCAGGCGACGAAAUUACUGAAGUCGCAGAUGGCGACAUGGAAAUCGACGAAGGCUGA